GGUGCCGUCACGCCAAUUGAACGGUAGCCAUUUUGUACAGAUUCUUGUCACUUCAGAUAUAUAUAUAUAUACGUGAUAUAUGUAUGUGUAUAUAAUCGAUUGCGAUGGAAAAUUACAGUAACAAUUAUUGAGGUAACAAUGAGUACCUGCGUUUUUUGCAAAACAAAGCAAUCAAAAUAUUGUGGGCGAUCAUUUCACAAAUUUCCCGUGAAAGAUGUGUUGCGCCUUCAGCAGUGGUUAAAAGAAAUGAAGAGGAAGGACUGGAAGCCAAACCGAAAUAGCACAUUGUGUUCAGCUCAUUUUACAAAUGACUGCUUUGAUAGGACAGGAUUCCUAAUUACAUUGAAAAAGAACAGUGUACCAACUAUAUUCGACAACCCAAAAUCACAGUGUUCAUCUUGUCACCGAUUGAGGGAAUAUGGACGUGGCUAUUCAUUCUUCAAGUUCCCAUUGGAUGAACCUGAUAUUAUGAAGCAGUGGAUCGCAAAUAUAAACAUUGGACCGUGGUCUCCAUCAAGUGAUAGCUUUCUGUGUUCCGACCACUUUGAACCCUGUUGCUUUCAGAAGAAAAGUCAGAGAAAACUCAGUGUGCAUAAAGACACGUUGAUGUGAUGCACUAUUGCGUCAAUGCC